AUGAAUAACACAACUGAGAUUCCGUGGAACAUCACCACGGAAAGCACCGGCGGGGGAGGUGGCGAUGGUUCCGACAACGUCGACAAAAUUAUGAAGGCGGUGUUUGCAGCUAUUGGUUUCACGGGAAUCGUCGGAAAUACUUUAGUGAUAAUGGUUUUCGUGCGUAUGCAUAGAACAAGUCCGUCUGGACUGAGUAGCACGAACAUAUUUAUCUUAAAUCAGUCGUGUAUGGAUCUAAUGAGUUCACUUCUCCUGGUUGCCCAGCAUCUCAUACCCGUAGGGCCAAUACCUGCAGGAAUUCCGGGCGAUGUCUUUUGCAAGUUGUGGGCGUCAAGUUACUAUCCUAUGUGGGCAUGCUUUCUCGGGUCUACCUUCAAUCUUGUACUGUUGACUUUUGAGCGCUACUUCGCUAUCUGUCACCCGAUUAAACAUCACACCAGUUUCACACAGAAGAGAGCCAAAAUCAUGGUUGCAUUAGUGUGGCCUUUCAGUUUCGGCUACGAGCUCCACUGGGCCAUGGUGCAGAUGAACGACGGUGCCGGCGGGUGUACCCAGUAUUGGGAACCAUGGCUGCAAUAUCUUGGAUCGUUCGUCGUUAUUUUCCAGUAUAUUAUACCGAUCAUCAUUAUGGCUUGCGUGUACAUCAGUAUACUGCGCGUAGUACGACGUAGCACUAAAAUACACGCAUCGGGUCCUCGCAAAGAAGGUGAGCCCGCCGAGAAUGGCUCAAAACCCCUCAGCAAAACGGAAAAGAACAUUAUCCAAACGCUGUUGAUCGUCGCCGUCACGUACAUCAUUUGUUGGUCGCCGAAUCAAAUCGUCUAUUUCGGAUUCAAUAUCGGAUUCGAUGUUGAUUUCAACAGCGUGUUUUUCCGCUAUGGUAUCGUUUCAGUGUGUGCGAAUAUGUGUAUCAACCCUUUUAUUUAUGCUUGUAAAUUGAAAGAUUUUCGAGAGCAGGUGAAGAAAAUAUUUGGCUGCAAAAACCACUCUGCUGACAACCAAGGGAUUACACUGUCAACAAACACGUAA